GGCAGAAUAACUUGACAGCCUUGCAGUCAGUAACUUCUUCAUUUAUCAAAAAAGUUACAUAAAAGUGAAGUGUAUAGUGAAACGUGAAGGACGUUUAUUUUCUAGUAAUUAAAGUGUUCUCAUUAGUUAUAAUCACAAUUUCACUCCUUUACCAAGUGCAUUGUUGAUGGAUUGUCAUCUGUGGACGAUCUAAUUAUUGCAUCGAGAUGAUUAUUGAAAAUCCUGACGCUUUCAAGUCGUGGUUGACCUCCAUAUUGGAGCCCCUUUGUGAUGCGGACCCUGCAGCGCUUGCCAAGUAUGUGUACGCCCUGGUUAAGAAGGACAAACCACUGGAUGAGCUGCGGGAGGUCAUGGUGGAUCAGCUCGAUGUGUUCCUCCAACAAGAAACCAAACCGUUUGUGGAGAUGCUGUUCAAAUCGCUGGAGAGCAACGAUUACCUGAAGUCAGGGCGCGAGGAGAAAGCGCCGUCACCUCCCCCGGCUGAGCCUGAACAGCUGAAGAAGCCUGAAGCUGAAAACCAUGUGGUCCCCAAUUCCGGUCCCGCGUCGCCGGCGGCUGGCCCGGAGCCGGCGCCGGGCUCGCGGCCGCGGCUCGUGCUGCAGCCCUCUGCGAGACACGCGCAUACAGAGCAUACGCUUAUUAAGGUUGUACCAUUAACCGAGCUGCUAGAAGAACCAGUAGACCAACCUCCGAGAAGACGAGACAGGAGAGGUGACUCGACCCGCGACGCCGACCGCCGCCGCCGCCGCUCGCGCUCGUGGGAGCGUCGCGCCCGCCCGCGCCGCCACCCGCGCGACAACGAGCACAGCAACGACACCAGGAGACGGCCACUAUCAAGAUCUCCGUCGCCGCGAGGACGCUACAGAAACCGCAGUCCCCCUCCACCACCACCCAUCGACAGACAAAACAGCAGGUCUAGAUCAAGAUCACCGACAGUCCGCGAUCGUGACCACGAGCGUGAAAGAGAAAGACUACGCGUUCCCCGCGAGUUGGAGAGAGACAGAAUGUCGCGGGACAGAGAGCAUAGAGAUCGAGUGUCUCGCUCUAGAGAUAGGGAACGAUCGCGUGAGAGAUCUCGCGACCGUUCCCGCGGCUCUACAUCUCCACGAGCGGACGCGAGGCUGGAACACAACGACGCCUACAAGCGACGCUGUCGGGACUUCGACGAGAAAGGCUACUGCAUGCGAGGCGACCUCUGCCAAUGGGACCACGGCAGCGAUCCCGUAGUGCUAGAAGAUGCUGCAGCUGCUUUAUCUUCUGUACUGGCACUGCCACCAGCCCCUGCCGUGCCUGAAUACAACCCGCUAACGCCGGACAUCUGGUGCGGCGGCUUCCCCGCGUACCCGCCGCCGCAGCCGCACCAUCCGCAUCCGCCCAGGGAACUCAUACCUAUACCUAGGAUUCGCCAGUCAGCGCCAGUGCCGCGUGCUGCGGGUGCCGCACCGCCAAGACAUCCGCCACCUCAUAAGAAGAACUUCGACUAUAAUCGAUUUGGCGCCGGUCGUCCCCCUCUGCCCGCUAACGCGGCCAACUGUUCGCUGGAAGUGAAGAAAGUGCCGCGAGGCCUGAACGAUAUCACGCACCUCAAUAACCACUUCUGCAAGUUCGGCAAAAUUGUUAAUAUACAGGUGUGCUACGACGGCGACCCGGAAGCGGCGUUGAUCACGUUCAGCAAUCCUACUGAAGCCAAUGUUGCCUACAAGAGUACUGAGGCCGUUCUCAACAAUAGAUUUAUUAAAGUCUUCUGGCAUAACCCUGAGAAUAAACAAGAAAACAUGGCGCCGAGCGGUCAGCUAGCCAACAAACAAAACGACAGACAGAAUUCACAACACCCGAUGUCACACAACAAAGUGCUUAUAAACAGAGACAAUAUUAAGGCGACUGCUGAUAAUAAUGCUAAACAGCUUAUGGAGAAGCAAGAGAAAGAAAAAGAACUAUCAAACGGCGUGGAACCAAAGAAAGAAGUAGUGAAACCGUCGCUAAACAAGAGCAAACAAGUGAUGGAGAUGCACAAGCGAGCACAAGCUCUGCUCGAGACUCAGCUGCAGCAGCAGAUGCUGCUCAUACAGAGGCUCGAACAAGGCAAUGUAACGGGACCACAAAAAUCAGCUCUGUUAGAAGCCAUCAGUUCAGCACAGGAGGGUAUAGAGAAACUAAGGAAAGAACUCGUCGCUUAUAACGGCACUUUGAAACAGAUGCAGGACGAGUCGGUCGCGAGGAAUUUGUCCCGGUUGCAACUAGCGCAGGCAAAGAAACCAAAGACUAAGGAAGAGGCGCAAAAGGAAAUUCUGGAUGCUGAACUCGAUCUCUUUACUAAACAACAGGAAGGCCAAGACGUGACGGAAUUGACGAAGAAGAUCGCAGAGUUGCGCCGACAGAUGGCAAUUCAGUUCCCCUCGCAUAACAUCAUGAGGAGGCCACAUGCAAGAGGCGGUCGUUUCAAUACCCCCACCCGUUUCACGCGAGGCGGCAUCGCUACCAAGAUGUUCAGCGUCAACCAAUCAGUGGACCACAGGCCGAAAGCACUCCUCAUUUCAGGGUUCGAAGCUGAUGAGCUGGAAGCCUUGAUCACGCAUUUCUCUCAAUUCGGCGAAGUGAUGAGCAAGGAAGUGGAGCUAUCUGUGCCUCAGCUGGUGCUGCAGUACAAGUCGCGGCAGCAUGCUGAACAUGCCAUCGCCAACGGGAAGCACUACAACGAUAGGACACUCUCCAUAACGUGGACGGCGAAUACGAACGCGAGCGCGAACAACGCGGCCCGACCCGCCGACGCGCGGCCCGCCAGGAACGGCGAGCAGAGAGAUGACAAGGACGAGACACCAGCGGAGCUACCCGAAGACACUCUUCUCCGUUUCGACGAGGAGGAAGAGGAUGAUGCAGAUGAGGACCGCUCCUGGCGCCGUUGACCCUCACUCCCCGCAUCUAGCAUCUACUGUAA